AGGCCUUGCGGCAGGUGCCGGUCGGCUCAGCUAUGCUCAGGCUGGGCGCGCAGAGGCUGCGGGGCUCCCCUGGCCUCCCGCGCUGGCUCAGCACACGCCAAGGAGAGGAAAAGCAACCCUUAUCUACAGAAACCAGAUGGAAAGAGAAAGCAGAGACGGUGAUCAUUGGAGGUGGCUGUGUAGGCGUGAGUCUGGCUUAUCAUCUGGCCAAAGCAGGGAUGAAGGAUGUGGUUCUUCUAGAGAAAUCAGAGCUCACAGCUGGAUCUACUUGGCAUGCAGCAGGUCUAACAACUUACUUUCAUCCUGGAAUAAACUUGAAGAAAAUACAUUAUGAUAGCAUCAAACUCUACGAGAGACUUGAAGAAGAGACUGGGCAGGCGGUGGGAUUUCAUCAGCCAGGCAGUAUUCGAAUUGCUACAACCCCUGUGAGGGUGGAUGAAUUUAAGUAUCAAAUGACCCGAACUGGCUGGCAUGCGACAGAACAGUACAUUAUUGGACCUGAAAAAAUUCAAGAGAUGUUCCCUUUACUCAACAUGAAUAAGGUUUUAGCUGGACUGUAUAACCCCGGCGAUGGCCACAUUGAUCCUUAUUCUCUAACGAUGGCUCUGGCUGCUGGGGCUAGGAAAUAUGGUGCCCUUUUAAAAUACCCUGCACCAGUGACUUCUUUGAAAGCCAGGUCAGAUGGAACAUGGGAGGUUGAGACACCACAGGGACCUGUGACAGCCAACAGGAUUGUGAAUGCUGCAGGAUUUUGGGCUCGUGAAAUAGGCAAGAUGGUUGGACUAGAGCAUCCUCUCAUCCCAGUGCAACACCAGUAUGUCGUCACAUCGACCAUACCCGAAGUGAAAGCGCUAAAAAGAGAACUCCCUGUGCUCCGGGACCUGGAAGGCUCUUACUACCUCCGGCAGGAAAGAGACGGACUUCUGUUUGGUCCCUAUGAAAGUCAGGAGAAAAUGAAGGUUCAGGACUCCUGGGUCAGCAGUGGGGUUCCUUCAGGGUUCGGGAAAGAGCUCUUUGAGUCUGAUUUGGAUCGAAUUAUGGAGCAUGUCGAAGCUGCAAUGGAGACAGUCCCAGUGUUGAGGAAGGCCGACAUCAUCAAUAUCGUCAACGGUCCUAUCACCUACUCCCCGGACAUUCUGCCUAUGGUGGGCCCCCAUCAGGGGGUUAGGAACUACUGGGUGGCUAUCGGCUUUGGAUAUGGCAUAAUCCACGCUGGUGGUGUAGGGAAAUACCUCAGUGACUGGAUCCUGCAUGGAGAACCACCUUUUGAUCUGAUAGAAUUGGAUCCCAAUCGCUAUGGCAAAUGGACAACGACUCAGUAUACAGAGGCCAAAGCACGAGAAUCAUAUGGAUUCAACAACAUUGUUGGUUAUCCUAAGGAAGAACGUUUUGCCGGGAGACCGACUCAACGAGUCAGUGGGCUUUAUGAGACCCUGGAGUCCAAGUGUUCCAUGGGGUUCCAUGCAGGGUGGGAGCAGCCACACUGGUUCUACAGACCAGGCCAGGACACGCAGUAUCGGCCAAGUUUUCGCCGCACAAACUGGUUUGAGCCUGUGGGUUCUGAGUAUAAACAGGUCAUACAAAAAGUAGGGGUGAUUGACCUAACACCAUUUGGGAAGUUUACCAUCAAAGGCCAAGACUCCAUUCGACUGUUGGACCGUCUCUUUGCAAAUGUUAUUCCAAAGGUGGGUUUUACAAACAUAAGCCACAUGUUAACACCAAAAGGCCGAGUGUAUGCUGAGCUGACGGUUUCUCAUCGGUCUUCUGGGCAGUUUCUGUUAAUAACAGGUUCUGGCUCAGAGCUGCAUGAUCUCCGAUGGAUUGAAGAAGAGGCAAUCAGAGGCAGAUACGAUGUUGACAUUCAGAACAUUACUGAUGAGCUUGGGGUCCUUGGAGUUGCAGGACCUUAUGCAAGACAGGUUCUGCAGAAACUGACCUCUGCAGAUCUUAGUGAUGGUGUUUUUAAGUUUCUUCAAACCAAGUCUUUAAAGAUUUCCAACAUUCCCGUCACCGCUAUUAGAAUAUCUUAUACAGGUGAGCUGGGCUGGGAGCUGUAUCACAGGCGAGAAGAUUCCGCAGCGCUUUAUAAAGCCAUCAUGAACGCAGGCGAGGAGGAAGGGAUUGGCAACUUUGGAACUUACGCUAUGAAUGCCUUGCGACUGGAGAAAGCCUUCAGAGCCUGGGGGUCGGAGAUGAACUGUGACACAAACCCCUUGGAAGCCGGGCUGGACUAUUUUGUAAAACUAAAUAAGCCAGCAGACUUCAUAGGAAAGCAAGCACUGAAACAGAUUAAAGCCGAGGGGCUGAAACGGAGACUCGUCUGCCUCACCUUGACAACGGACAAUGUUGAUCCAGAGGGAAAUGAAAGCGUCUGGUUUGACGGCAAGGUGGUCGGUAACACCACGUCCGGAUGCUACAGCUAUGGCGUCCAGAAGAGUCUGGCUUUCGCGUAUGUCCCGUUGGAGCUGAGUCAAGUGGGACAACAAGUGCAAGUUGAACUACUAGGUGAAAACUAUCCAGCAGUCGUCACACAAGAGCCCUUGGUACUGACAGAGCCAACCAGGAAUCGGCUACAGAAAAAAGGUGGAAAGGACAAAAUAUAAAUCAGACUUUUAGCAGCACCUGAAGUACAGAUACUGUCAGAACUGAGGUCUUGAGAGAACGGGCACCAAAAUAUUUCUUUUCAAAAUCAUACAAAUCUAGAUUUAGAUUGAAAUCUGUUUCUUAUCUGCUUUCUAAGCAAGGCAGAAUAAUGAACUAUUGAUUUAUAUUGUCCCUUUAAAUGAAAUUUUGAAUGAAUGUUAUUAUUGCCUGAAACAUAGCCAGCAGAAUAGGUAUUUGCUACAUAUGAUGAUUAUAAAUAGAUUAAAAUAUAUCCUAUAAGUUUAGGAACAUAUGCAAGCACUCUAGCAAAAAUAAAUCGUUUAACAUGAAAAACAA